ACCCGUGUCGUCCGAUAUACAUGUGGCUGUACGAUAUAUAUCGCUUUGUUUCACAAAUACGAAAGUACUGGUACUAGUAGGAGAUUUAUUAUACGUGUGGUAAUAAUGAAUAGAACUUAUAUUGUAAGUAUACAAGUUUUUGAUACUUAAAAUUCAGCCAGGGUUUACAACAUUCUUUUUUUUAUUUUAUUAAAUUCAUUUUGAUGUUCUUGGUGACAUGUAUAUUUAGUUCGUUAUAGCGUGACCUAGGUUUUCAUGACGUCAUUCGAAUCCGCCAAUGAUCAUCUUACAAGUCAACGUUCCGGAGUGGGGGAAGGACUGCGCCAGCGCCAGUUUGCCAAUGUUAUAAAACCCACACGGUAGACAUUUUGUUUAGAAUUCAAGUGGAAACGUUGUGCUGAAGAUUGGUUGGUUGUUAUUGUGAAGAGAUUUAACGAUAUUGCUGUGCUGUAUUGAGAUAUUUCCACGAUGCAGAUUUUUGUGAAAACUCUGACUGGGAAGACAAUUACUUUGGAGGUGGAAGCAUCUGAUACCAUUGAGAAUGUGAAAGCAAAGAUCCAAGACAAAGAAGGGAUUCCUCCAGACCAACAGAGACUGAUUUUUGCUGGCAAGCAGUUGGAAGAUGGUCGUACAUUGUCAGAUUACAAUAUCCAGAAAGAAUCCACACUCCACUUGGUGCUGAGGUUGAGAGGUGGAAUGCAAAUUUUUGUGAAGACCCUGACUGGAAAGACCAUCACCCUGGAAGUGGAAGCAUCAGACACCAUUGAGAAUGUCAAGGCUAAAAUCCAAGACAAGGAGGGGAUUCCACCAGAUCAGCAGAGGUUGAUCUUUGCUGGCAAGCAGUUGGAAGAUGGUCGCACGCUGUCUGAUUACAACAUCCAGAAAGAAUCCACUCUCCACUUGGUGCUCAGGUUGAGAGGUGGAAUGCAAAUUUUUGUGAAGACCCUGACUGGAAAGACCAUCACCCUGGAAGUGGAAGCAUCGGACACCAUUGAGAAUGUCAAGGCUAAAAUCCAAGACAAGGAGGGGAUUCCACCAGAUCAGCAGAGGUUGAUCUUUGCUGGCAAGCAGUUGGAAGAUGGUCGUACGCUGUCUGAUUACAACAUCCAGAAAGAAUCCACUCUCCACUUGGUGCUCAGGUUGAGAGGUGGAAUGCAAAUUUUUGUGAAGACCCUGACUGGAAAGACCAUCACCCUGGAAGUGGAAGCAUCAGACACCAUUGAGAAUGUCAAGGCUAAAAUCCAAGACAAGGAGGGGAUUCCACCAGAUCAGCAGAGGUUGAUCUUUGCUGGCAAGCAGUUGGAAGAUGGUCGCACGCUGUCUGAUUACAACAUCCAGAAAGAAUCCACUCUCCACUUGGUGCUCAGGUUGAGAGGUGGAAUGCAAAUUUUUGUGAAGACCCUGACUGGAAAGACCAUCACUCUGGAAGUGGAAGCAUCGGACACCAUUGAGAAUGUCAAGGCUAAAAUCCAAGACAAGGAGGGGAUUCCACCAGAUCAGCAGAGGUUGAUCUUUGCUGGCAAGCAGUUGGAAGAUGGUCGCACGCUGUCUGAUUACAACAUCCAGAAAGAAUCCACUCUCCACUUGGUGCUCAGGUUGAGAGGUGGAAUGCAAAUUUUUGUGAAGACCCUGACUGGAAAGACCAUCACCCUGGAAGUGGAAGCAUCGGACACCAUUGAGAAUGUCAAGGCUAAAAUCCAAGACAAGGAGGGGAUUCCACCAGAUCAGCAGAGGUUGAUCUUUGCUGGCAAGCAGUUGGAAGAUGGUCGUACGCUGUCUGAUUACAACAUCCAGAAAGAAUCCACUCUCCACUUGGUGCUCAGGUUGAGAGGUGGAAUGCAAAUUUUUGUGAAGACCCUGACUGGAAAGACCAUCACCCUGGAAGUGGAAGCAUCAGACACCAUUGAGAAUGUCAAGGCUAAAAUCCAAGACAAGGAGGGGAUUCCACCAGAUCAGCAGAGGUUGAUCUUUGCUGGCAAGCAGUUGGAAGAUGGUCGCACACUGUCUGAUUACAACAUCCAGAAAGAAUCCACUCUCCACUUGGUGCUCAGGUUGAGAGGUGGAAUGCAAAUUUUUGUGAAGACCCUGACUGGAAAGACCAUCACCCUGGAAGUGGAAGCAUCAGACACCAUUGAGAAUGUCAAGGCUAAAAUCCAAGACAAGGAGGGGAUUCCACCAGAUCAGCAGAGGUUGAUCUUUGCUGGCAAGCAGUUGGAAGAUGGUCGCACGCUGUCUGAUUACAACAUCCAGAAAGAAUCCACUCUCCACUUGGUGCUCAGGUUGAGAGGUGGAAUGCAAAUUUUUGUGAAGACCCUGACUGGAAAGACCAUCACUCUGGAAGUGGAAGCAUCGGACACCAUUGAGAAUGUCAAGGCUAAAAUCCAAGACAAGGAGGGGAUUCCACCAGAUCAGCAGAGGUUGAUCUUUGCUGGCAAGCAGUUGGAAGAUGGUCGCACGCUGUCUGAUUACAACAUCCAGAAAGAAUCCACUCUCCACUUGGUGCUCAGGUUGAGAGGUGGAAUGCAAAUUUUUGUGAAGACCCUGACUGGAAAGACCAUCACCCUGGAAGUGGAAGCAUCGGACACCAUUGAGAAUGUCAAGGCUAAAAUCCAAGACAAGGAGGGGAUUCCACCAGAUCAGCAGAGGUUGAUCUUUGCUGGCAAGCAGUUGGAAGAUGGUCGUACGCUGUCUGAUUACAACAUCCAGAAAGAAUCCACUCUCCACUUGGUGCUCAGGUUGAGAGGUGGAAUGCAAAUUUUUGUGAAGACCCUGACUGGAAAGACCAUCACCCUGGAAGUGGAAGCAUCAGACACCAUUGAGAAUGUCAAGGCUAAAAUCCAAGACAAGGAGGGGAUUCCACCAGAUCAGCAGAGGUUGAUCUUUGCUGGCAAGCAGUUGGAAGAUGGUCGCACACUGUCUGAUUACAACAUCCAGAAAGAAUCCACUCUCCACUUGGUGCUCAGGUUGAGAGGUGGAAUGCAAAUUUUUGUGAAGACCCUGACUGGAAAGACCAUCACCCUGGAAGUGGAAGCAUCGGACACCAUUGAGAAUGUCAAGGCUAAAAUCCAAGACAAGGAGGGGAUUCCACCAGAUCAGCAGAGGUUGAUCUUUGCUGGCAAGCAGUUGGAAGAUGGUCGCACGCUGUCUGAUUACAACAUCCAGAAAGAAUCCACUCUUCACUUGGUGCUGAGGCUGAGAGGUGGUGUUUUGUAAAUCCUUCUACCUAUGUAUUGAGAUAGUUCCUAAUUUUAUUUCAAAAUUUCUUUGGCUGUUUUUUUUAUUUUGUUAUAUUUUACUGUAAAAAAAUAUUGUUUCGCAUGUUAGAAUAAAUAAUGAUUUUUUUGUGUA